UUCGUAAACAGUAACAACUAACAAUUAAAAAAAAGCAGAAAAAAGUGGCCACGGAUCUCUAUGAGUCACCAAUCAAUGACCUCAAAUCUUUCAUUUUACAUUUCCUCUGUUUCUCCUCUUUCCUCUCCUCUUCCAUCGAUUCGUCGCCUCUCUCUUCGUUGUUGCAGCUCUCUUUCUUCUCACGAUAUGGAGGCUAAACCAAGUCAAGGUCUUUACCCACUUCACCGUUGCAAAACCAUACAUCUGGUGAGACAUGCUCAAGGAGUUCACAAUGUUGAAGGAGAGAAGAACCAUGAGGCUUACUUAUCUGAGGAUCUCUUUGACGCACAUCUUACCCCUCUUGGAUGGCAACAAGUUGAUAAUUUACUCAAGCAUGUUAAGGCAAGUGGGAUUUCCAAUAGCAUUGAGUUAGUCGUUGUGUCGCCUCUGCUCAGGACUUUACAAACUGCGGUCGGAACUUUUGGCGGGGAAGGUUACAAAGAUGGCCUUAAUGCACCUCUGCUUAUGACCGCAGGUGCUGGAAACAGCGAUCGUCCUGCUAUAUCAAGCUUAAAUUGUCCACCGUUCAUUGCGGUUGAAUCCUGUCGAGAACAUUUGGUAUGUUUACUUAUCCACCUUUUGCAUAAUUGGCAUUUGCUUAAGAGUAACUUUUUUGAAAUGUUCUUGUUUUUGGUUCAGGGUGUUCAUCCUUGUGACCGAAGACGUAAUAUCACCAAGUACCGCGAAAUGUUCCCUGCAAUUGAUUUUUCAUUGAUAGAAAGUGACGAAGAUGUCUUGUGGAAGCCUAACGUCCGAGAGGAGGACCAAGAUAUUGCGGCCAGAGGCGUGAAGUUCUUUAAUUGGUUGAGUACAAGGAAAGAAAAGGAGAUUGCGGUUGUUACUCAUAGUGGGUUCUUGUAUCAUACAUUAAAAUCAUUUGGAAACGAUUGUGAUCCAUCUGUGAAAAACGAGAUUUCUUCAAAAUUUGCCAACUGUGAACUCCGUUCGGUUGUUCUUGUAGAUAAAUGCAUGAACGGUUCGGAUCCUCCAGUGGCCAACUAUCCCGGAAAAAUACCUGCCGGAGAAGAUCUUCCUAGUGAUAAUCAGAAGUAGUUAUAAAGACAAAAGUGAUGAGAAUUAUGAAAAUCUUUUAUGAAGUCUCAAAGUUUUUUAUUAGUCUUACAAUAAAAACUAACAAAUUUGAUUGCUUUUGAUACUGAGAGGAGAUUUAAGAUGGUUUUUAUUCAGUA